AUGAUUGAUUUGGUGUCACGACGAGAGCGGACAUAUAACAAUGCGGACAUUAUUGUGCAGAACAAUCUGCUCAGUCAUGCAAAGCUGUUGUACUAUCGUCUGUUCGCCUUUUUUCCUAUUGGUCUAAUUGUCAAAGCGGCAGAGGUCGUGAUGGUGAAUGGGAGCUGGACUGGCGGUCAUAUUAGACGUUUAUGGCAUUGCCAAGAUGUGAAGGUCGUCUUUCCACCGUGUGAUGUUACAGCCUUUCUGGCACUCGAGCAAAUAGCCGAAGCG